AGUACUUCACUGAGUUAGUUCUUUGCGUGUCAUCGUUCCGAGAGGAGUCGUUUUCUCAUACGUAUACGUUCUAAUACAUCAAUCAUGAGGAUCAAUUCUAUCGUUCCAAACUUCGAAGUAGAUAGUACUCGAGGUCGAAUUAAUUUUUACAGUUGGCAAGGAAAUUCAUGGGUCGUUCUAUUUUCCCAUCCUGCUGAUUUUACACCAGUUUGCACCACCGAAUUAGGUCGUUUAGCAGUUCACCAACCUCAUUUUGAACGUCGAAACACGAAACUGUUGGCUCAUUCCGUUGACAAACUGAAGGAUCAUGUUGAUUGGGUUAACGAUAUUAAAUCUUAUUGCCGUGAUAUUCCUGGGGACUUUCCCUAUCCCAUUAUUGCUGACCCUGAUCGCGCCUUGGCAGUCAAGUUAGAUAUGAUUGAUGAAGAAAGCAAAGAUGACCUGGAAACGGCACAAACUGUUCGCGCUUUGUACAUCAUAAGCCCUGAUCAUCGUCUGCGUUUAUCUAUGCACUAUCCAACAUCCACUGGACGCAAUGUAGAUGAAAUACUGCGCGUUAUAGAUUCUUUGCAACUCGUUGAUAAAAAACCAGGAAUAGCAACUCCAGCUAACUGGAUGCCAGGUGAAAAAGUUAUGAUUCUUCCAACUGUGAAAGAUGAGGAACUCCCUAAAAUGUUUCCCAAAGGAGUGGAUAAAGUAUCGAUGCCUUCUGGAAAGGUUUAUGUGCGGACAACUACAGAUUAUUAAUCAU